CCUGUCUCUCUAUCUUCAUCCACCAUACCAGCACUCAGGAUGGCAUAUGUCGAUGAGGACGAUGCCAAUGCGACCGAACUCGUAGAGACCUACGAUUUCUUACUCAAGUUCAUAAUCAUCGGUGAAGCAGGCACUGGGAAAUCAUGUUUGUUGCAUCAUUUCACUCAGAACUGCUUCAAGCCGCACUCUCAACAUACUAUUGGAGUCGAAUUCUCGAGUCGUACUAUCAACGUAGGAGAUAAAAAGAUAAAAUUACAGCUAUGGGAUACGGCGGGACAAGAAAGAUUCCGAUCAGUAACACGGAGUUAUUACAGGGGUGCAGCUGGGGCUAUUCUCGUAUACGAUAUAACGGAUCGAAACUCAUAUGUGAAUUUAUCUCGGUGGCUUGAUGACGCCCGGGCAUUAGGCAGUACGAACCUGGUUACGGUACUAGUGGGCAACAAAUCUGACAGGGAUGAUGAACGGGAGGUAGAGUGGGCAGAAGCGAGUAGAUGGGCAUCUCAGCAUGGGGUACAUAUCAUAGAAACGUCUUCAUUAACAGGCGAAAAUGUCGAGGCGCCCUUUAUGCUCGUCGCCCGUCAGAUCUUGCUCCUAAUUGAGUCUGGAGAGCUGAACCCAGAGAAAGCUGGCAGUGGCGUCAGCUACGGAGAUCGCGCACUCCGGCGAAUAAAUAGCUCGAGUCGAUUUAGCUUUGGCAGUGGCAGUUCCAGUAGCGGAAGGAGACGUGGUUCGAUCAAAUUGAAGAUGAAGAGCUGGAUUCCAGGCACGGGAGGAAGGUGCUGUUAGGUGUCGAGGUUUGGCUCGUCGGGGCUAGCGAGGGAGUACGUCUGGAUUAUGGAUGAUCCUGUUUCCUUGCUCGACGAGUCUGGCCUAGGCCUGGGUAAGCCUUGUCUUGUCCACCCCUGACAUCUGAAGCAACUUUGCAUUGACAGUUGUUUCGCUCAGGCAGCGCCAAGUGUUCCCAGGUGUCCAUAUGUUGUUGAAUGUUUUCGCUCUCAUAGGCUCAUACCAUGCUAAAGACUAUACCCAGCAAGACUUGUUUCACCCACUCCGUAUUCAUUAGCAGUGAUUGAUUUCCCAGGAUAUAUUGGUUUUGUUCACGCGAGUAAACCGGGCCCGCAGCACGGAUUCCGUUCAUUCCGAUCGUUAGAAUAUUGCUAUCUUUCUCAUUUGUACCUUAUUGCAGAGGAUCUAUAUCGG